AUGCCUGCAGUCAUAUUUAAAUCAAGGGUUUACUAUGGAAUUAUGGCGGAAGAGUGUAAAAGAACAAUUGUUGGCAGGUUCCUGAAACAAAGGCCCCAAAUUGACAAAAUUAGAUCAAGUUUCAGAGAAUUAAUUUCGAUGAAAGGAUCCUAUAAAAUUGGGGCCUAUGAUAACCAUAAUGUUUCCUUGGACUUUUCCAUCGAAGAAGAAUUCAAAAAUGUUUGGUUUCGGAGAGUAAUUGAGAUCGAAGGUAUGCAAAUGUGGCUUCAGAAAUGGUCCCCGGAUUUCAAGCCGAAGGAAGACAUACCAGUUGCUCCGGUAUGGAUUCUUCUUCCUGGUCUUCCUUUUAAUAUGCAUAACUGGCAUUAUGUUAAGCAAAUUCUUAGCUCUGUGGGUACUCCGUUGGCACUUGAUGUCGCUACUGCUAGCAAAACAAGACCGAGUAUGGCCAAAGUUCGUGUCGAAAUUGAUCUUCUUAAGCCUCGAAUUGAAUCUGUGUGGGUUGGUAAUGAAGAUGAAAACUCCCCGUUGAAAGGUUUUACACAAAAAUUGGAAUACGAAGCUAUCCUCAAAUAUUGCAAACACUGCAAAAAAUUGGGACAUAACAUGUUAAAUUGCAGGGUUCUAGAAAGGUUAAGGGCCAAGGAAACAUUAGCAUAUGAUGGAAAGGAAGUAGUAGAUAACUUAGAAGGUGCACAAUUAAACAACAAAGAAUCUGCCAAUGCUAAUGAGAUGGAGAUUGCAAAAAAUAUUCAACCUACUCUUGUAGACACACAGGUAAACACCAAUGAGAAUGCUAAGGAUCAAGAAGAAGAAGCAGAGAAAAAUAAUGACUCUGGCCCUGUCUUAGAAUGCGGUCAAGCACAAAAUAAGUUGAAGUCUGUGAAGGUGAAGAGUCCUUGUAUGGCUGAAAGAACCAAAAACAAAAAGAAGAAGAAUAAUAAAACCAAGAAAAUGCUGAAAAAGAAAAGCACAGUUAUUUUCAAACUUGUAUAGAUUCAAUUACAAGAAAGCAACAAGAAAGGUAACAACUCCACGUCGGGUUCUAAAUAUAAAGAGACUCCUUAUUCUAGCAGUAUAGAAAAAAGCAUCAACAAUAAGAAGUCUCGCCAACUCCAAGCUGUCCAAAGUUCCAAAUCAGAAUUCAAAGUUGAUGAAAAUUGUACUCAGUAACAAUCCAUUCGAGUGAAUGAUACUGAUCACUCUAGAGGAAAUAAAGAGCCCCUCAAUAUUCCCCUGGAGCAACAAGAAAACACUAUCAGCAACACAAAUAUUAUUGGAGCUGAUAAUGAGGAUAGUCAAGUGGAAGCUAGCGCAAGUUCCUCUACUAUUCCCUCUAAUUUAAUCAAUCAACCAGCUCUGAAUCUGGUCGUUGAUCUUAAUUUCAGUCAUGAUGAGGCCAUCGGCGAAGCUAUUAACAAGGAUACUACAAAACAUCCAAUACGUGAUUCGUCUUCACAUCAAAGUGAUGACGAGCAGCAAAAUAUAUACUGCAGCAAUCAAAUAUGAUCAAUACAGAAGACGAUGACUCGAAAAUAAUGAAACGGGGAAGAAGCCUUAUCAGUAAGUCUGGUUUGAAAAACAAAAACAACAAUGCUCUUUCUAUGAGAAGGAAACAAACAGAUGCGACCCCCUCUAAUGUUUUCCAUGAUUAAUACAAUUUUUUGGAAUAUUAGAGGGGUAAGGUCAAAAAAAGCAAUCCACAGACUCAAGCAUCUUAUUGACAUCAACAAGAUUCUUUUUGUUGCUAUUCUAGAAAUAAUGAUAAGCAAAGAAAAAAUAAAUGGCUAUAAAAAAUUCUAGGGGAUUCCAAGAGUGUAUAUCUAAUGAUAAUGGUAAGAUUUGGUGUCUUUGGAAGACUAUUGGUCCCGUGUCUAUUAUCACCAAUGAUUAUCAACAAAUUACCAUCAAGUUGGAGGAUACAUUGUAUAAUAGCUUCACUUUCAUCUCAGCUAUUUAUUCUAAAUGCACAUUAGUAGAGAGACAAGAUCUUUGGAACAGUUUGGAGUCAACUAGUAUGGGUAUUAAUGACCCGUGGUGCAUUGGAGGGGAUUUCAAUGUCAUUUAUGACCCAGGGGCGAAGAUUGGUGGAAAGCCUCACAAAAUGUAUAAGAGUAUUGAUUUCUUGAACUGCAUGGACAAUUGUGGUGUCACUGAUAUUGGUUUCUCGGGUCCUAAAUUUACUUGGUGCAAUAAUAGAAGACCAAGCCAAAGAAUUUGGAAGAGACUUGAUAGGGUCUUUAUUAAUGAUAAAUGGGCCAAUUUUUUCCAGAAUACCACUAUUAAUCACCUCGCGAGGACAGGUUCGGACCACAGACCUCUUCUUAUGAAAUGUUUUAAUACUAAUCAAAAUUUUAUCAAGUAUUUCAGGUUCCUCAACAUCUGGACCAAACAAGAUGGCUUUCUCAACAUUGUCAAAGAGACUUGGGAUACUCAAAUCACAGGUAAUAACAUGUGGAGACUUCAGUCUAAAUUGAAAUUACUUAGCAGGAAGCUCAGUCAGCGGUCAAGAAACACUGUCGGAUGUUCAUGAUCAAGUACUCAAAUGGGAAGAAAAGAUCCAGGAUCUUGAGGAGCAAGAUAUUAUCAACAACUCAGAUGCUGAUAUAGAGGAGUCCAAUAGAGUACAUGUGGAGUACAUCAAGUGGACCAGCAUGCAAAAUUCCUUAACCAGACAAAAAACUAAUGUAAAGUGGUUCGAGGAGGGAGACUGUAAUACUAAUUAUUUUCAUAGCAUGCUCAGGGAGAAAAGAAGGAAAUUACAGCUGAAUACGAUAAAGAAUCACAAUGGUAAUUGGAUCCAAGGUGAGGACAAGAUCGCAAAAGCGGCUGUGAAGCACUUCAACUUUCUUUUCAACCUUCCUCCUGCCACUUUGGACACUAAAAUUUUGGAUUGCAUCACUAAAAAGAUUACAGAUGAAGACGAUGCCAUCCUUGGUGCAAUCCCUACAGAGGAUGAAAUUAAGAAUGUUGUGUUCAAUCUGUCUGCUACUAGUACUACUAGUCCAGAUAGUUACAACUGAACCUUUUUCCAUUGUUGUUGGGAUAUCAUUAAGGAAGAUAUAAUUUCCUUUGUGAUUAAUUUUUUUCAAGAAUGUUGGAUUGGCAUGAUUCUUAAUCUUAUUUCUGGUAAUUGGUAUUCUAUCGUUAUCAAUGGCUCCAGGAGGGGUUUUUUCUCCUCAAGAUAGGGACUCAAACAAGGUGAUCCUUUAUCCCCCCACCUCUUUAUAAUUGCAACAGAAGUUCUUUCUAGAUCUCCUAAUAAUUUUUUCUUGGAUAAGAACUUUAUUCCAUUCUCAAUGCCCACUGGAGGACCUUUUAUCAAUCACCUUACUUAUGCAGAUGACAUUGUCAUUUUUACUAGUGGUAGUAGAAAUUCUCUUAAUCUCAUCAUGAACUGUAUUGGUAACUAUGAUGCCAGCUCAGGCCAGAGAGUGAACACUGACAAGAGUUUUUUCUUACAGAUCUUAAGACUUUAGCCUAUAGGAUCAAAAAAAUUAGAACUUAUACCAGGUUUAUGGAUAAAAAUUUUCCUUUCAAUUAGUUAGGGCGCCCUUUAUAUAUUGCUAGGAAAAAGAAUGAGUAUUUUGAUUGCUUAGGAAUAAAGUUAUUAAGAGGCUCAAUGUAUGGCAAAGUAAACUCUUAUCUUUUGGUGGUAAAGCGGUUCUUAUUAAACAUGUUCUCCAAUCCCUCCCCACUUAUAUUCUCUCUGCUAUGUGCCCCCCAAAGGUUCCUUUAACAUCUUCAAGAAACACUUUGCUAACUUUUUUUGGGGUUCUUCAGGUGAUAAAAAUAAGUACCAUUGGAGAUCUAGGAAGAAUCUAUGCUUCCCUCUUGAUGAAGGAGGUAUUGGUACUAGAAGAAUGAUAGAUAUUGGCAAUACUCCAGCAGUCAAGAGGUGGUAGAGGUUCAGAACUAUCCCAUCCCUCUGGGCAGUUUUUCUUAAAAAAAUAUUGUAUUAGAGCAUACUAUGCUGUUAAAUCGUGUGUUUUUAGAAACUCUCACUCUUGGCAAAAGAUGCUUCAGGUGAGAGGUAAAAUAGAGCCUCAAAUCCAUUGGAAUAUUAAUUCUGGAAAUUCUAGUCAGUGGUGGGAUAAUUGGACAUGGAUGGGUCCAUUAGCAACUCUUUUUCCACAUGUAAGAAAGAGUACUAAAGACUUGGUCAGUCUUUUAUUGCAUGGAGCUUUUGCCAGACAAUAUUUCUCAACACAUCAAGCUCAUUAGAAUUGGUAAUCAUGAUUUACCUGAUGGAGCUUAUGGUAUCUAACAGAGGAUGGUAAAUAUUCUAAUAAAUCUUCUCUCCAGUUAUUCCGUAACAUAAAGAGUAAAGAUAUUUUCCUUAACAAGGUUUGGCAUACGAGCAUACCUUUUAAAUUUUCUUUUCUAACAUGGAGGGCAUGGUUAUCCAAACUGCCCUUUGAUGAUAUUGUCUGUAAAUUUGGGAAACAGAUUGAUACUUCUUGUAAUUAUUGUACUAACCCUGUACCAGAGACCAUUCAACAUGUCUUUAUUGAGAGUGAUGCAGCUAGGUACAUUUGGAAGACCAUUGGAUCCCCCCUAGGGAUUAUUCACCAGCUUUUGCCACUAAGAGGACUUCUUAAUCAUUGGUGGGAGAAAAAAAUACGUGAAUGAUAUGCCCAAGCAAGUUGUUCAGAUAAUUCCAGUCAUCAUUUGUUGGGAAAUCUGGAAGAAUCGAUUCUCUUGUAAAUAUGGUGAUAAAAAAAAUUCAAUCUCUUCAAGCUGAAGCAACAAACUUAUUGGAAUAUUUAGGCUGUGGUUAACAAAUCUUUUCCUAGUUGUAACUUAACAUUACCAUGGGUUAUUUUUUGUGAUGAGUUGAAGAUGCAACCUGUUCCUAAGUCUGACAUUCUAGUGUAUUGGGAAAAAACAAGUCCAGGAUCAAUCAAGCUAAACACCGGCGGUAGCUUUCUACACGAGAGCAACAAAGCUGGAAUUGGAGGAGUUUUGAGAAACGAUAAUACUGACCUUAUAAUGGCUUUUUCCAUCCCAUCUAGUUGCAACAGCAAUAAUAGUGCAGAAGUGCAAGCUGCCGUCUUUGGACUUAAUUGGUGCUAUCAGAAUGGGUUCAGAAAUUUCACUAUUGAAUUGGAUUCGUUGCUUAUCACCAACAUCUAAUCUCCCACAUAAUGAACCAAGCAAAUGUGGAUGCAACUCAUUGUUAUCGAGAGACAAAUCAAGUUGUGAACUGGCUGGCAAAGUUUGCCACAACCAGUAAUGAAGCUGUGGUAUAUCUCUCAUUUCAAGAACUUCCUAAAGGUGCCAAAGGACCUUUUCUCCUGGAUAGAUCUCAAUUGCCUAGUAUUAGGACAAAAUUUGAUAAGGCUAACUUUUUUGUAAGCUAAAUCUCAUUUGCUAGUAUCGUCAUAUUAAUGGAUUGCUCCUGUUUUUGUAAAAGGAUGUCUUCAUCAUUUGUGUUGUAUGUAUCGGAGGUAAGACUUAUAUCUCCUUCCUAUUAGUAAGAUAUAAUACAACACCUCAGUGAA